CAGUGCUGCCAACUUUUAAGGGAGAACCAGUCAGCUGCUUGUCGUUUUGCGAUUUCAUUGCAAUUAUUUUUUGCCAAGCUAUUUAUUAAACCGAACAAAGAAGCUUAAAUAGCACCAAAAAAUAUGCCGAACGAAAACGCGCCAUCAGCAGGAGCAGCAGCAGCAAACCAAGAAGAUGAGAGCGAGCAUGAGCUGCAACAGAAAUCAAAGGAGGUAGCGAGAGCAACUGAAGAAAUGCUGGCAAGCGCCGUUGCCGGCUUGAAGAUGACGGCACCAGGGGGCGAAUCCACUACAGUGGCAGCAGGGGAGACAGAUAAUACAGAUGUGGAGCAUCAAACGAAGCUGGCCAAAAGCAAGCUGGAAACCAAGGAUUCUAGCACACAGGCGCUGCUGCAGGCGAUGACUGAUGCGAUGACUAAUGCGAUGGACAAGAAACGGCAACAGAAAUAUGCAUUUUGGUCCACGCAGCCGGUGCCAAAGCUGGACGAGAAGGUGACCACAAAUGAAUGCAUUGAGCCAAACAAAAAGGUGGACGACAUACGUGCCGAUCCGUAUACCCUGCCCAGUGGCUUCAAGUGGGUCACAUUGGAUCUGAACGAUGCCAGUGAUCUGAAGGAGCUGUAUACGCUGCUGAAUGAGAACUAUGUGGAGGAUGAUGAUGCCAUGUUUCGGUUUGAUUAUCAGCCCGAGUUCUUGAAGUGGUCAUUGCAGCCACCUGGCUGGAAACGGGACUGGCAUGUUGGUGUGCGUGUCGAGAAGUCCAACAAGCUGGUUGGCUUCAUUUCGGCCAUACCCAGUAAAUUGCGUGCCUACGAGAAGGUGCUCAAAGUGGUGGACAUUAAUUUCUUGUGUGUACACAAAAAACUGCGCAGCAAACGUGUUGCUCCCGUGCUAAUCCGUGAGAUAACCCGGCGUGUUAAUCUGACGGGCAUCUUUCAGGCUGCCUAUACAGCGGGCGUGGUAUUGCCCACUCCGGUGUCCACCUGUCGCUAUUGGCAUCGCUCGCUGAAUCCCAAAAAGCUGGUCGAUGUACGCUUCUCGCAUCUGGCACGCAACAUGACCAUGCAACGCACCGUUAAGCUCUACAAACUGCCGGAUCAGCCCAAGACCAAGGGCUAUCGACGCAUCACCGCCAAAGAUAUGGACAAGGCGCACAAAUUGCUCGAAGAAUACCUGAAGAGAUUCUCCAUGUGUCCAGUAUUUAGCAAGGAGGAGUUUCGUCAUUGGUUUACGCCCAAGGAGGGCAUCAUCGAUUGCUUUAUUGUGGCCGAUGAGAAGGGCAACAUCACCGAUCUGACCAGUUACUACUGUCUGCCCUCGUCCGUGAUGCAUCAUCCCGUGCACAAGACCGUACGUGCCGCCUACUCAUUCUACAAUGUGUCCACAAAGACACCAUGGCUGGAUCUGAUGAACGAUGCUCUCAUUUCGGCGCGCAAUGUCCAAAUGGAUGUCUACAAUGCUCUCGAUCUGAUGGAGAACAAAAAGUUCUUUGUCCCAUUGAAGUUUGGUGCUGGCGAUGGAAAUUUGCAGUACUAUUUGUACAAUUGGCGUUGUCCGGCCAUGCAGCCCGAGGAUAUUGCCUUGAUACUCAUGUAGAACUGCCGAUAGAUCAUCUAUCCCACAUCUUACAUCCAAAAUUUAUAAAUACCUAAACAGUAAAUUGCACUUACGCACGCAAAUCUUUUUUGUAUUGGAAAAAAAGUCUAACUUUCAAAAUAUUGCAUUAAGUAAUGUAGACAAAUGUGAAAAUUUAAUUGCGUGUGCUUUGCUCUGAUAUUUGCAUCUUGUAAUUCCUCGUUUAACGAAUUCUUUGUACACUUCACGCAUACAUUAGAAUUGUUUUUUUUAUUAAUUAUUGUUUCCAAAACGCAUAUAGAAUGCAUUUUUCAAUUGCUAACUGCUAAGCUUGAAUACUAUUAAAUGAAAAUCGUUUAUAAAUGAAUAAAACACAAACACGCAGCAAUACAAA